AUGGAUCUCGGUCUACGACCUCGCCGCAGCCUUCAUCCUGUCUGGCCGGAAAUUACGCCCAAAUACGUAAAUGAAGCAUCCGUCUAUCAUCUGACCGACUACAACAACACCAACGUCAAUCGCCCAAAGAUCAAAGAGAAGAGAGAUCGUAUGAAGCAAUUCCGGAAAGAGACUAAGAAGUUUUAUGGCAGGGCUAUCAACAGCUUCGAUAGGUAUUGCCAAAAUUCUACGUUGCACGGUUUGAAGUACGUUGGAGAUGAGAACAUUUCGACAACGGAGAGGCUCUUCUGGCUUUUGGCCUUCAUUUCGGCGAUCUGUUUUUCCACAUACUUCAUCACGAGUCUCUAUACCAAGUUCAAUAAUAGCCCAGUCAUCAUCAGCUUCAGUCCUACUCCUGUCACCCUGGAUACAAUUCCAUUUCCGGCCAUCACCAUUUGCAAUGUCAAUAUCGCUACAAAAAUGAGCGCCGAGAGGAUACUGAAUUUCGGGAGCGAAGUUGACAAACGUUUACUCUCAGAUAUGUGCAAUUUGAACAACUCUUUUUCCAACGAGACGGACGAGGAUACCGCCGAUUGGAAGACUGUCCGUAAAUUUAUCAUAAAAAUAAAUCAGCGAUGCGACGAAAUGUUUAAAAUUUGCCGUUGGGAGAAUAAAGACAUAGACUGCAAGUUCUUCAUCAACAGUGUGCUGACGGAUGAGGGCUACUGCUGCUCCUUCAACCGACUUCCAUCCAACUACUCUCUGAGACAAACUGCCGACGAUAUGAACGAAACAUUCUACAAUAAACGUGUUGAUUGGAAUCCGGAGGUUGGGUAUCCUCCUGAUGCCGACGCCGACGUCCUACCAAAGAGAAGCUACGGCGCCGGAAGUCACCUUGGUUUAACACUGGUCCUCGACGCUGAUUUGGCACAGUACUAUUGCUCAUCAACGAGCAGCACCGGUUUCAAGGCUUUGAUUUCCAGUCCCAUCGAGUCUCCGAAAGUAGCGGACUUUGGUUUCUUAAUUCCACCAGGAGACGAGACAAGAGUCACCAUCGAACCAAUAAUCAUGGAUGCUACCAAAGGUAUAAAGGGUAUCGAUAUCAAGAAGCGACAGUGCUUCUUCAACAACGAAAGAUAUCUACAAUUUUAUAGGCUGUAUUCCGAGCGUAACUGUAAACUAGAGUGUCAAGCUAACUUUACAUUGAACCUUUGCGGAUGCAUCCCAUAUUAUUUACCAAAAAAUAUGUCCACCAAAAUAUGCGAUAAGAAAAAGGAAGAAUGUUCAAAUAGAGCUAAAUAUAUAAUCGAAAAGUACACAAAAGAAAGAAGAGAAUGCAACUGCUUACCAAGUUGUUUCGACAUAAACUACACCAAGAAGGGAUACUCUAUGGGAAAGAUCACCAAGAAAUACAACAGCACAGUCAACAGCGACAUCAUGCAAAACGCAACAUUCGACUAUUUCGCAGAAAACAUGGCAGUCGUCCACUUCUUUUUCAGCAACGACAAAUUCAUCAAGCAGACUAAAAGCGAACUCUACGGAUUCUCCGAGUUUCUCUCCAACACCGGCGGCCUAUUGGGUCUCUUCUUGGGCUUCAGCUUCCUCAGUGCCAUCGAAAUAUUCUACUUCAUAUUCCUGAAAACCAGCUGCAGCUUCUACAAAAAGGAGAGGAACAAGCGCGACAUGAAACCGAUUUCAAAAUUGCCCUUCCUUCAAUGAACCACAUUCGGUGUGUGUUAUUUAGUUGCAUUAUAGUUGAUUCAGUAAUAUGGAAGUAUUUAAUUGUAUAAUAAUAGAAGUGUGUAUUUAUUUUUUUUAAUAUUCUUUCAUAUCUAAAAGUGAUUAAAAAACUUAUGUUACGUAAAAUACGCCAUCUACGAUGGGAGAGAUGAAAGUUAGAUUGAACUUACUUAGGCAACUCCACGGGCGAUUAGAGUUGUGCGCGAGUCAAGACACGGAGAAAAACCUUCACGAAAUCCGGUACAAAACAUAUAAACGUGUUUCCUUUAUUAUUUAUGUACAUUUACAAAGUUUAGUUUCAAAUAAUCAAAGAAGAAAAAUAACCUAAUUCAAUUAAUUAGUUAAUUCUCAACUACGUAAUAAUCCUCUUAAAAAAAUAAAAUCUAAAUCACAUUUAAAACAAAAUAAUAAACAAAAACAGUGUAUGUAUAUGUAUAAUAUAUAUGUAUAAGGUGCUAAGGGAGAGAAACAACAGAGCAAUUGCUUCCCUUUAUCUUAAAGUAUACUUUUUUGUUUAAACUAAUCAUAACAAUAUAUUGGAAAUAACCAAUUUAAACAAUUAAAACAAAAGUCUUUG